UUAAUCGCACUGUUCUUUUUCAUCGGAAUCGCCCCGUAAAUUGUACACGUUUUGGUUAAUUUUAGUGAAAUUUGACUGCAAAUUCCAAAAAAUAACAGCAAUUGCGUCAGAAAUUGGGAGAAAAUCUUUGAUCAUUUGCAAAAAUGGCGUUAACAUCACGAUUUUAUAGUACAAAAUAUCCCGAAGUGGAAGAUGUCGUCAUGGUCAAUGUCCUCUCGAUUGCUGAAAUGGGAGCCUAUGUGCAUUUGCUGGAAUACAACAACAUCGAGGGCAUGAUUUUACUCUCUGAAUUAUCCAGACGUCGUAUUCGUUCCAUUAACAAAUUGAUCCGUGUUGGCAAAACCGAACCGGUCGUAGUCAUACGUGUGGACAAAGAAAAAGGUUAUAUUGAUCUGUCAAAAAGACGUGUGUCACCGGAAGAUGUGGAAAAGUGUACCGAGCGUUUUUCCAAAGCCAAAGCCGUCGAUCUAUUAUUGCGUCAUGUAGGCAAUCUAUUGGGUUAUGAGUCCAGUGAGCAGUUGGAAGAGUUGUACCAAAAGACAGCUUGGCAUUUCGAAAAGAAAUACAACAGCAAAUCUGCCGCCUAUGACAUUUUCAAACAAUCGGUGCAAGAUCCGACAGUAUUUGAUGAGUGUGACUUGGACCAACACACAAAAGAAAUCCUGCUGAUUAAUGUGAAACGUAAAUUGGUGUCGCCCACAGUGAAAAUACGCUCGGACAUUGAGUGUUCCUGCUAUGGUUAUGAGGGCAUUGAUGCCGUAAAGGCUGCCUUGAACAAAGGUCUGGAAUUAAGCAACGAGGAAUUGCCCAUCCGCAUUAAUUUGAUUGCGCCGCCACUUUAUGUGAUGACCACCUCAACCACUAAGAAGGCCGAAGGUUUGAAAAUUCUUGAACAAGCUAUCGAUGCCAUUAAGGACAAAAUCCAUGAAAGUGGAGGUGAAUUCAAGGUUAUUAUGCCACCCAAACUGGUAACUGCCAUUGAUGAGGCUGAACUGGCUCGCCGCUUGCAAAAGGCCGAAGCUGAAAAUGCUGAAGUGGGCGGUGACGAUGAUGAGGAGGAAGAAGAUGACCAAGAGGGCAUGUCUUUCGAUCCAGAAAAGGAGUCCAUUAACAACAAAGCUGGCCGCUCAGUCAAAAGCAAUGACGAAGACGAUGAUGAGGAAGACGAUGAAGAUGAUGAAUAGAUUUUGUGGACACCGCCGUUUUUGUAGCAAAAAUAAGACAAUUGUUUCAUUAGAAUUCAGCAAUUGCCAACUCUCAUUAAAGUUUCUUAUUGGUGGCGCAAACGCUUUUAUUUUUACUUUGUAUACAGUUUCCAUAGAUUUUAUACAAGACAUUCAUGCAACAUGAUCUUGCUUUUCUUUUGUACAUUUAUCAAAAUAAAAGAGGAAAGAAGUCAAAAAGUA